UUGUUGGUUUGCGUUUCAGCAAGCAUUCAUCCGUUUCGGCAGGCAUUUGCUUCGCGUCCGUGAUGAGAUGAAUCUCUCAUCAAUCCUCAAUUUUUGCAUCCCAUCUCCGGAUCUCUCGUCGAUUUCUCAAUGCUCUGCCCUAAUUUUGUUCCAACUCAACUGUCACCUCUUAGCGGCUUCCCAAUCUUAAUGCCGUCUUUUGCAUUUUCCUGAAUUGGAAAGGAGUUCAGUCGCCGUUCGGUAAUUUGUUGGAUCGAAUCAUUGGUGCUGCGCAGCGGCUUCACGAUGUCGGCAAUUGAGAUUUUCUGAACCAGAAAGCUUCGAUUGAAGUUGUAGGUUUUCCUAUUGAAGUUGUUCGGUUGCAGGUCUGGAAAACAUGGGUGCCCCAAAGAAAUGGAUGAGAGCAUUGCUCGGUCUGAAGAGACCCGAUAAACCACAAUCCCCUGUGGCGGAAAUGAAUUGUUUUGGCUGCUCUCGCAAGAUUUGGCACCAAAGGAAGCACUCUGCUGAGAUUGAUAGUGCCAUACUUGAAAAUGGGUUGAAUCAAAAUCUCGUUACGGAGAUGGAAGAUGCUGUAGUAUCAAAUAUCCAGACAAUAACAAAUUCAGGCAACUUUCCAACUUCCCUUCAGGUGAAAAAUGCGGCUCACACAAAACAGAAUACAAGAGAGGAAUUGGCAGCCAUACUCAUUCAAGCGGCUUUUAGAGGAUUUCUGGCCAGACAAGCUUUACGUGCUCUAAAAGGGUUGGUGAAACUUCAAGCCCUUGUCCGUGGUCGUGCUGUGAGAAAGCAAGCAGCCAUCACUCUCCAAUGUAUGCAGGCUGUAGUUAGAGUUCAGGCUCGCGCCCGAGCAAGACGUGCUAAUAUACCAUUAGAGAAUCAAGGGCCGCAAGAUAAACCUCAACAACAGCAAAGACACAAGACUCAUGCUAAAGAAAUUGAAUACUACCAGGAUGGGUGGUGUGCCAGUGUUGGUUCUGUCGAAGAGAUUCAAGCCAAGUUAUUGAAAAGGAAAGAGGCAGCAGCCAAGCGUGAAAAAGCGCUGUCUUAUGCUUCAGCUUGCCAGCGGCAGGCAAGUCUGAGGCAGAAGGUGAAAUCCGACGGCAUCGAGCCAGAUAACAGUUACUGCAAUCACGACUCAUCUCAGAGAUGGGAAAAUCGCAACUUAGAUAUCAAAUUUGAUGGUGGUGGAAUGAAGGUUACACCGCCAUCACGUUCAACAAAUACUCCUCCUAUCCGGAGAGAUCCUAAAUGGAAUGUCGGAAAUGGAAGAAUGGUCCGUAGUUCGAGCAAUAACUCGGACACUUUGAACAUGAAAAAGGGCGAUGCUCCUUAUAAAGGUGGGCGUAACCCAUCCCCAAACAAGUCCUCUUAUAUGAAUGGAACGACAACCAUUGUUGGCUCAAGUCGAAGCUGUAAACCAGCUCGGAAAAGCUCGGCUGAGGAAGCCCCCUCAAGGCCUCCUCAUGUUGGCUCAAGAUCACAAAGUACACCUAAAGAAAGGAUCACUCCCGCCAGUGACCAGAGAAAGCGAUUCUCUCUCCCGGACAACAGGCAAGGGGUCGGGCCUCAACCAGCGCGGCAACUCAGCCAAGCUAAAAGGACUACCGCUCCGAAGGCCGGAAGGCCAAAACCCAAGUGAUUGGACAGACAGACAUGUAUGGAUCCCUCAGGCUGUUGUUACCUUCUCGGAAAAAAACAAGAAAAGCAUUCUGCAACAAGCUCUUGUAUGAUGGCGAGGUUGCGCGCAAAUGGAGACCAUGUUGCCAGAGAUGAGCUUGACCACAGGUAUGAUCGCUCGCUGCUAUCGACCGUAACGUAACGAAACUAAUCAAUGGGGGAUGAUGGGAAGCCAUUGUUGGCUUCUCCUUCAAUUUCUGCCUUAAGCUUGUGUUAUCCCUACCACUCAACACACACACACGCACGUGUGUGUGUGUGUGCAUGUAUAUAUUGUUACUAGAAAGAGCCGAGUUGUAGUUCCUGGGCUCUACUCUAUUGUAGGUUUCUAACACGAUGUUACCGAGGGUGUGUUUGCUAUCAAUUCUAAUGAUACAUUUUAUUUAUUUA